AUGUACCCACGAUGGCUAUGGCGAUGGCGCCCUGCAGCGGCGAAGGGCGGCAUGGAGUCCGCCAGGGGCGAUUUGUUCUCGGUGCAGGGGCACGGGGCCACGGGCGACAAGUUGAGUUCGCUGCAUGGCGAGGCGAAGGACCUCAGCCCACAGCUGGCCGCAGCUCGCGAUGCCAUGAUGCAGCAUGGGCCUAUUGGGGAGGGCCGCCAGGACGUCGAUUCUGUGGCGCUGGCCAUCGGGAUCCCGAGGUGGCCGAAGCUCGAUGCGCCGCUCCCGCCUAAGGAGGCAGCCGCAUGUUGCUAG